AUGUAUUGCACAAAAAAUAUUUGUCGACUGACCAUCAGUAGCUUAACUCAUAUAUCAAAACGUAGUAUUGUUAUUCCUAGAUCAAAGAAUAAAAAAAUAAAACCGUUAAAGAGUAAAACAAGACAUGUCACAUUAGAAAACAUCAAUCCUGAUGAUGUGAUGACUCUCCAGGAUCCUAAGCUACUCGAAUUUAAAGUUAAACAGUUGCGUGAGUAUACGCGACGUUUACAGGAAAGACUAAGAGCAUCUAAUAUAAAUAAAACAAGAGAUGACGAAAUAACGGAUCUAUUUAAUGAACCCAAGAGUGAUGUUGCAGAAUCUUUAUUAAACUCCUUUACUUCUAAAUCUUUACCAGAACAUAGCUCAAAAGAUAUUUCAGCUUCCUCGACUUCUGUUUCUCAAACUUUGUCUGAUUUAAUCGAUACAGUGUCAACACAUCAGAUCGAAAAAUUGAUACCUGAAGAUGCAAGAACGAUAAUCAAUAACGAUACUUUAAUUAUGAAAUCUAUGUUAAAAAAGAAGAACCCUAAUUGGAAUUUAAUAAUAACAAACCUUAUGAAUGAUAAGUCUAAGUUUCUUACUCUUUCAGAAGAAACAGUGAAUAGUUGGUUAAUGAAUGGAAUAACAUAUUUAUCUUAUGAGAAUAUUGAAAAAUUAGACGAUUUAUUACAGGUAUGGUCAAAACAACACAACACUCCAAUAUCACCAGAAAUAUUUGACGGUUUACUGAGAGUGUGUUCAAAAUUAUCUCCUAUGAAGUCAAAUAUAGUUACAGAUAUUAAAGAAGAUAUAGUAUUUCAAAAGAUGAAAGAUAUUCUAGAGCGCAUGGAUGAAUCAUCCAUAACUCCUAAUGAAUUUAACUUAACUGCAUGUGUGACAUACUGUUCGAAACUGAAGGAUUUUAAGACUAUGAAUUUUUUCCUUGAGAAAUUCCAAACCGAGUAUGGUCUAACGCCUAAUAAGCACACUUACACGAAAAUUAUUCAAUUUUAUGAUGGAUUAGGAUUGGAAGAACGUGCAUGGAAUACUUUUGACACAAUGAAAUUCUUGUCAAAAAGUCAUAAACCAGAUAUUUUCACCUAUAAUAUGAUGUUACACAUAUGUGACAAACAAAAAAAUUAUGCAAAAGCUAUAGACUUAUUUUAUGAAAUUGAGGAAGAAAAACUAACUCCAAAUCAUUCGACAUUUGUAACGAUCGCCAAGACGCUUGCCUCUUCAAGUGGGGAUAAUAUUAUAGCGGAAGGUAAUGCUGAAUCGCUGAGAUUACUUGGUUGGAAGUUCAUUAGCAAAAUGUUUGAAAAUGAAGAUUAUGAUAGUGUUGCCUCUAUGAUGGCACUGGCAGCUUAUGAUGGAGAUGUUACCCUAUGUCGUGCACUAUUUUUCAAGUUUACAAUGAGCGAAUAUACCUCUAAGAGAGAAUUUGAACCAAACACUGGUAAUUUAUGGAUGAAAUCAAUAAAACCAAUUUUGUUUAAUUACUUGUUAUUAUCUUAUUCCAAGUUUAAGCCAGAUUAUGUUCCACUUCUAGUUGGAUGGCCAGAAGGUGCACAAAUGAGAAGAACCAUCCUUAAUAGUGUAGAUUAUACCGGAAAAGCUAGUGAUACGCGAAACGUACUUCCUUUACUACCGUUAAAGAAUUUGAGUUCAUCUGAUCACAUAUUAGCCGAGUCUAACGCAUUAUGGAAAUUCAUUUUAACUAACGGUGAUUUUACUCAAAGCACUACUACUAGUCUAUCUCAGGAAUUAAACAGCCAAAUUUUACAAAAGUUAACCGUCGAAUCUACAAAUUUUGAAGACUUUAAAUUCAAUAUUUUACACGUUAUCGGUAAAUGGAAGGUUAACCAUAUGAACAACUCCAUCUUCAAUCAUCGAUGCCUUGUCUCUUAUUUGAGCAUCCCGUUGAGAUUGAAUAACGCUACUGAGUUUUGGGAAAGACUAGACACAUACACUUUUAAAGAAAGUGAAUUUGAUGAUAAACUAUUAGAGGUGUAUUACGAAGCUAAAUUAUUAGAAGAUAAAAUGACCCAAUCUGAAAACCACACUUCUAUGGAAAUUACAACAACUUCUUUCAUAGAGAAACAUAUCGAAUAUUUUGCUUCAGUUAGUCAUAAGAUCCUAUACGACAAUUCAACAUUCGAUAUAGCAAUGAAAGGUGCAACUAAAUUUAAUAACCUAGAGAGAGCCAAACAAGAAUGGAUUGAUAGAGGGAAAUUUAGAAAAACCGAAAAUUAUAUGAAACUUGGCGAAAGUAAGAAAAGUCAACUCGACUCUGAAUUUGCCAAGAUCAUGGUAAAUUUCUUUGUUUCUCAGAAAAAAUAUGAUGAAGCCAUGAGUAUUGUUCUAACUUCGAAGAGAAACAUCAGAUGGAAAUAUGGUAUGGUAAAGAACUUGGUGGACGGUCUUGAAAAGAUCGAGGAUAAGAGGAAUGUUAAGAUCCUAUUAGAUAUAUUAAACCGGAAACCAACCGAAAUUGCAUACAUUAAUAAACAAAUAGAAAAUUUGGACCUAAGCAUAAGGUAG